AUGGUCUCUUUCAAUUCCCCCAUACUCGUUGGCAAUCUCCAGCUUCAAAACCGCGUGGUACUUGCGCCGUUGACAAGAAACCGUGCCCAUGAUGAUCAUGUUCCCUCCGACCUCGCUCGCAAGUACUACGGGCAGCGAGCCUCUGUUCCUGGUACGCUGUUGAUCACCGAAGGAACUUUCAUCACUGCUCGUGCUGGCGGUACGGCCAAUGUACCCGGUAUCUGGAGCGAAGCGCAGGUGAAAGAAUGGAAGACGAUCACCGACGAGGUUCAUCAACGUGGGAGCUACAUUUUCUGUCAAUUAUGGGCCCUUGGACGUUCCGCAAACCCCAAGAUCUUGGCCAAGACUGGAGAUGUUGUUGUUUCUAGUGGAAACAUAGCAUUGACAGAAACAACACCUCGGGCCCUCGGCGAAGAUGAAAUCCUAGACUGGAUCCAGGACUACGUCAAGGCCGCCAAAAAUGCCAUCGAGGCUGGAUUUGAUGGGGUGGAGAUCCAUGGUGCAAAUGGUUAUCUACCCGAUCAGUUCUUGCAAGACACUGCAAACAAUCGUGUCGACCGAUGGGGUGGUAGUGUUGAGAAUCGGUCGCGCUUCGGAUUUGAAGUGGCGAAAGCCGUAUCCGAAGCGAUCGGUUCGAAGAAGACUGGAUACCGCAUCAGUCCGUGGAGUACAUUCCAGAACAUGCGCAUGGAAGGAUUCCGCGAUCAAUUUGCGGAUCUCGUCACUCGGCUCAGUCGAUUAAACCUGGCAUAUCUUCACAUUGUUGAGCCGAGAAUCUCCGGUGGUCAAACUGUCGAAGAUACGUCAGCCAAUGAUGAAACGACCAACAAGGAUGAUACUUUCUUGUUCGAUGCAUUUGGAAACUCUGGCGCGUAUAUAUUGGCAGGUGGAUUCUCCCCAGAGUCAGCGCAGAAGAGACUUGAAAAGCAGCCUGAUCUGCCCAUUGCCAUCGCCUUUGGUCGUCAUUUCAUUGCGAAUCCCGAUUUGCCCUUCCGUGUUGAGAAAAAUAUCAGUUUGAACCAGUAUGAUAGAUCUACAUUCUACACACCCAAGUCACCGGUCGGGUACGUGGACUAUCCAUUUAGUCAGGAAUUUACGGCCAGGGGUUAA